AUGGCCGUGACGAUGCUUGACGCGGCUCUCACCACAAACGAAGCCCUAAGCGGCAUUACCGGCUCUAUUUCCCUGGCGGCGUGGAUCUUCCUAUUGGUACCCCAACUAGUCGAGAACUACAAGCAAGGCUCGGCCGAUGGCAUUUCCAUCUCCUUCCUCGCCGUCUGGUUCAUCGGCGACAUCGCCAACCUCGCGGGCGCCGUCUGGGCCGGCCUCGUGCCCACCGUCAUUGCCCUCGCCAUCUACUUCUGUUUCGCCGAUCUCGUCCUGAUCGCCCAAUGCCUGUACUACAACAUCCGAAACGCCCGCAGAGUGCGCAAGGUGUCCGAGGCCUCGACCCGCGACAGCGUCGAGCAGCCGCUCUUGGGCCGCCGUGACAGCGACAACAUGGGGCUGCCCGGGUCGCGCCGCCGUUCCAGCGCCGCCUCCCGCCGCAGGGACAGCGUGGGCCACCGCGAGUCGCUGGCGGGCAUUGCCGAGGAGGAGAAUGGUGCCUCGGAGUGGAAGAAGAACGUCCUGAGCAUUCUAGGGGUCUGCCUGGCAGGUGCCGUCGGCUGGGCCGUCGCUUGGGCUACGGGGGUAUGGAGACCCACUCCUGUUGAUGCGGGUGCCGGCGACGAGGAGAUUGCUCCGGGGGCUCAGGUCCUGGGUUACGCCAGCGCCAUCUGCUAUCUCGGCGCUCGCCUGCCUCAGAUCUACAAGAACUGGCGCGAGCAGUCCUGCGAGGGCCUGUCUUUGUUGUUCUUCUUGCUUUCCCUCUUGGGCAACCUGACGUAUGGCAUGGGGAUCCUGUUUCACUCUGUCGAAAAGGAGUACUUCUUGACCAACCUGCCAUGGCUGAUUGGGUCGCUGGGAACAAUGGUCGAAGAUGCUGCCAUCUUCUUCCAGUUCCGCAUCUACGGCGACAAGUCGCAACAGUCGGCUGCCGUUUGA